CAGGGGCGGCCAUUGGAGGACAGAGCCGGGGCGGCGCCCGCCGAUGCCGAGGGUCCCGCGGGGAGGAGGCCCGCGCCGCGCCGCUCUCCACCCUUGACAGCCCUUCGCGUCCCCAUGGCGGCCCUGGCGGCUCUGCACGGCGGCGUCCGCCGGCCUCUGCUUCGCGGGUUGCUGCAGGAGGUAAGAUGCCUGGGGCGAAGUUAUGCAUCCAAACCCACUUUGAAUGAAGUGGUGAUAGUAAGUGCUGUAAGAACUCCCAUUGGAUCCUUCCUGGGCAGCCUCGCCUCAGUGCCAGCCCCUACGCUUGGUUCCACUGCAGUUCAGGGAGCCAUUGAAAAGGCAGGGAUUCCAAAAGAAGAAGUAAAGGAAGUCUACAUGGGCAAUGUCAUCCAAGGGGGCGAAGGACAGGCCCCUGCAAGGCAGGCAGCCCUGGCUGCAGGUUUGCCUAUUUCUACUCCAUGCACCACAGUAAACAAGGUUUGCGCUUCAGGGAUGAAAGCCAUCAUGAUGGCCUCUCAGAAUCUCAUGUGUGGACAUCAGGAUGUGAUGGUAGCAGGAGGGAUGGAGAGCAUGUCCAAUGUCCCAUAUAUAAUGAGCAGAGGAGCAACACCCUAUGGUGGGGUAAAACUUGAAGACCUGAUUGUAAAGGAUGGACUGACAGAUGUCUACAAUAAAAUUCACAUGGGCAACUGUGCUGAAAAUACUGCCAAGAAGAUGAAUAUCGCACGAAGCGAACAGGAUACUUAUGCCAUCAGCUCUUACACCAGAAGUAAAGAAGCGUGGGACUCAGGGAAGUUUGCAAACGAAAUUAUUCCUGUCACAGUCUCAACAAAAGGUAAACCAGAUGUGGUGGUGAAAGAAGAUGAAGAAUACAAGCGUGUUGACUUUAGUAAGGUGCCAAAGCUGAAGACAGUGUUCCAGAAGGAAAAUGGCACAAUAACAGCUGCCAAUGCCAGCACACUGAACGAUGGAUCAGCUGCUGUGGUUCUCAUGACUGCAGAUGCAGCCCGAAGACUCAAUGUUAAGCCACUGGCACGAAUUGCAGCAUUUGCUGAUGCUGCUGUAGACCCUAUUGAUUUUCCAGUUGCGCCUGCUUAUGCUGUGCCUAAGGUUCUUAAAUAUGCAGGAUUGAAAAAGGAGGACAUUGCCAUGUGGGAAGUAAAUGAAGCGUUCAGUGUGGUUGUACUAGCCAAUGUUAAAAUGCUGGAGAUUGAUCCCCAAAAAGUAAAUAUCCAUGGAGGAGCGGUUUCUCUGGGCCAUCCAAUUGGGAUGUCUGGAGCCCGGAUUGUUGUUCACUUGGCCCAUGCCCUGAAGCAAGGAGAAUUUGGUCUGGCCAGUAUUUGCAAUGGAGGAGGAGGAGCUUCUGCUCUGCUGCUUGAGAAGCUGUAGACAGCGUGUUUUAGAAGACAGUUCCAUGUGACCAGAAACCCUGCUGAAGUGAAUGUGACUCCCUUGGCCAACUUAUAUUUAGCAUAAGCUAUUUAAUUUUUUUAAUUAUUUUUUAGUAAAUCAUUUAAAAAAAUCAUCCCAAACCUAUUGAAAUUACAAAUAAAAAUUCUCCUUUAUUUUUUAUUUUUGGUAAACCUAAACAGUUUGAUAUUCUCUUUGAAGUAUCAAUGUAUAUGCUUGAGAUAUAUAGCUCAGCAGUUAAUAUCUGUUGUGGCUAUGUGGUGCACACCUUUAAUCCCAGCACUUGGGAGAUAGAGGCAGGUGGCUCUCUGUUGAUUUUGAGGCCAGCCUGGUCUACAGAGCCAGUCCAGGACAGUCAAGGCUACACAGAGAAACCCUGUCUGGAAAAAACAAAAAAGAACAUCUGUUGUUCUUACAGAUGUCGUUCUUACACACUACCAGAAGUGAGAUAUUAUGCCUCCCUACCUCACUAGCUGCUGUUACAAGUAAAGGAAGCCAGCCCAGGAGAUACUAUGUAAGGAUGUCUUUCCUGAUGAAAGUAGAGUAGAAGACCCAGCAUUUUUGUCUAAAUACACCCAAGAAAUGAGAAAGUCACAGCUGGGCUCCUUUAGGAAGGCCACCAAUCGGCAUCACAACAGCAGCAACAAAGCUCCUUGACUUCUCAAGACCCCAAGUCACCUACUUAACAUCAGCAAACUUCCUAUUCUGCCAUUAGAAUGAAUAGAAAACUGUGGUGGUUUAUUUUGUUUUUGAACUUUAAUCUUUGGACACUCGAAAUUGGUUUCUAAUAAAGUUAUGUGAAUACAAAUGAAAAUAAAGAAAAAUUGUUAAAUCUUCCAA